AUGGAUGCAGUCGAGGAGGAGGAGGAGGAAGAAGAAGAAGUAGAGGAGGAAGAAGAGAGUGUGCCCACACAAGCCCAUCCAUUAGGACCGUACACGCAUCGUGAAUAUACGUUUGCCGUGUGUGCUGGGGCCGUGUUGGCAUUCAACAGUGGCUAUGUCAACGGGAGCUGUUUCUCCGGUUUUGUAGCUCCGUCGGGUCGGCGACAAUCGGCUGCCAGUUUCACAGGUACCCUGUCACGGUCAGCACUGAAUCUGGGGGAUGGUCAAUACGAUAUGUUUGCCUUUCUGAUCGGAAUGGUCCUGAGCUUUUUUGCGGGAGCUUGCAUCAGUGGACUACUUACUCCGAGCCCUACUCCAUUCAGGAUCGAGCCUACCUAUGGACCAACCUUCCUCAUGGGUGCAGCCUGCUUGACGCUCGCCAGCAUUCUGGCAGCACUAGAGCAACAUGAAGAUUGGGUUUUCUUCUUGGCAGCCGCUGCCGAUGGGAUCCAAAAUGGGAUUAGUUCCAUCUACAGCAGUGGGUUGAUUCGAUCCACAGGAUACACCGGAGCCAUUACGGAUAUCUGCAUCUUUCUAGCGCAAAUCAUCAUACACAAGGAUCACAAGAACAAAUGGAAGCUUUGUGUCCUCUUGACGCUCAUGACUUCGUUUUGGGUUGGUAGUCUGGUGUCCUUUUGGUCGGCCCAAAGAUUCACCAGCUUCUCCCUCCUGAUCAAUGCCGGAAUCUUUGUGCUGAUUGGUGGCAGCCUAGUUGCCUUCCUGGUCUACGAAUUGGGAAUAUCCUUUCAACAAGCCAUCCUGGGAAGUUGGAAAUGGCAGAAGGCAAUGGACAAGCUUCAUGAUUCCUUUGACCACGGCGCCUUCUCCGUCAACAAUCACAGGCAAAAUGUCAAAAAGAGCAUUACUGGUUUUGAAGAUAACUCUUCUUCCCUCCUAUUGAACAGGGAAGGUAGUAACCACCAACCCACACGAACCGUCAUGACAGAUCGGCACCUCUCCAUACUGUUCAAGAGACUCGACACGGACAACAGCAACUCACUGGAUCUAGGUGAACUCCUGGUGGCCUUGCAGAAUGCAGGCAUGGAGGUCACCGAACGAGAGUGUCAAGUCAUGAUGAAUCACGCGGAUACCGAUGGUGAUGGAACGAUUUCUUGCGAGGAAUGGAUCGACCUGGCUAGAUCUUGUCACUCCAAAAAGUCACGGCGAUCGAAUCUUGUCUCCUUCCGGUGA